AUGAGCUCUCCGGUUUACACGUUCGUUAGCCGCGACGACAACAGCACGAUUUAUGCUGAAGUGUCUAAAAUGCUGCUGGCCACCGGCCACUGGAAGCGGCUGAAAAGAGACAAUCCCCGGUUCAACCUGAUGCUCGGGGAGCGGAACCGGCUGCCAUUCGGACGCCUUGGCCAUGAACCAGGACUGGUGCAGCUGGUGAACUACUACAGAGGAGCAGACAAGCUUUGCAGAAAGGCAUCGCUGGUCAAGCUAAUCAAGACCAGCCCGGAGCUGUCCGACUCCAGCAACUGGUUUCCAGAGUCCUACAUCAUCUACCCCACGAACCUCAACACCCCUGUAGCUCCGGCUUCCAACGGCAUCAGUCACCUGAAGAGCAAUCCCAAAACGGAUGAGCGGGAGGUUUUCUUGGCCUCGUACCACGCCAAGAAGGAAAAUGGAGAGGGAAGCGUGUGGAUCGCCAAGUCUUCUGCUGGUGCUAAAGGAGCUGGUAUUCUGAUAUCACACGAUGCAAAUCAGCUGCUGGACUACAUUGACAAUCAGGGACAGGUUCAUGUCAUCCAGAAGUACCUGGAGAAACCUCUGCUGCUGGAACCCGGUCAUCGCAAGUUUGACAUCAGGAGCUGGGUGCUGGUGGACCAUCAGUAUAACAUCUAUUUGUACCGGGAGGGCGUGCUGCGGACCUCGUCGGAGCCCUACAACAGCGCGGACCUCCAGGACAUGACCAGCCACCUGACCAACCACUGCAUCCAGAAGGAGCACUCCCAGAACUACGGCCGCUACGAGGAGGGCAACGAGAUGUUCUUUGACGAGUUCAGGCUGUACCUGCUGAACACCCACAACGUCACCAUGGAGACAACCAUAUUACCUCAGAUCAAACACGUCAUAAAGAGCUGUCUGUCCUGCAUCGAGGCGGCGAUCAGCACCAAGCACCUCUCCUACCAGAGCUUCCAGCUCUUUGGCUUUGACUUCAUGGUCGACGAGAACUUCAAAGUGUGGCUCAUCGAGAUCAACGGCGCUCCGGCCUGCGCCCAGAAGCUCUACCCAGAGUUGUGUCAAGGCAUCAUCGACGUGGCCAUCUCCAGUGUCUUCGCUCUCAACAGUGACUCCUCGUCUGCGUCUUCCUCGCCUUACUCCUCCUCCCCUUCUUCCCUCUUCACCACCAACUCCUGCUCCUCCCCGAAGCUGAGGGGGCCCCUGCACGUGGGUCCUUUCACUCGCCUCUAG